GGAUGAUGACGAUGAUGAUGAUGAGGAAGAUUCUGGAGAAGAGGAGGAAGAUGAUGAUCUGAGUGAUGAUGAUUUCCUGAAGUCCGUAGAAAUGGAAUCUGACGAGGAAGAUGAAGAAGAUCCCCAGGCAAGUUAUAUACAGGAACCAGCUAGCUCGAAGUCCAAGAAAGACAAGAAAAAACAAGCAACAGCCACACAAGAAAAACCUCAGGAAGAAUCGAAGAGUUCUAAAAAGAAAAAUAAGGAUAAGAAAGAAGAGGCUCCUACUCCCAAGCCAACAGUCCCAGAUACACCCCCAGAGACACAAUCUAGUAAAAAGAAAAAGAAGAAAAACAAAAAGAAGAAAAAUGAGGAACAACAAGAUGAUAAAGCACAACCAGCAACCAAUGGCAGUGCCAAGAAAGGGAAGGAAGCUCAGAAUGAGACCAACAAGAAACAGACCCAACCAACUCCAAAAUCUGUGAAGAAAACGCUAAAGGGAGGUCUUAUAGUAGAAGACUCAAAAGACGGCCAUGGACCAGAAGCAAAGGCUGGAAAAAUGGUGGGUGUUUACUACAAAGGCAUGUUAAAGAAUGGCAAGGUCUUUGACUCAGCACAAGGAGGAAAACCAUUCAAGUUCAGACUUGGAGCAGGUGAAGUUAUCAAAGGCUGGGACGUUGGAGUAGCAGGAAUGAAAGUAGGAGGGAAAAGGAAGUUGACAAUACCUGCCCCACUUGCGUACGGCAAGAAUGGGGCUCCCCCAGAUAUUCCACCCAACAACACACUUGUCUUUGAUGUCGAGCUAAAGUCAGUCAGUUAACCCACUACAUGGACCUCUCACGUACAGAACUUGAGAACUUUUAAACACUUUGACAGUAUUUGUGAAUGGGACGUUUCAAUGGAAUGACCAGAUACAGUGCCAGUGGAUCAUGUGUUUUAUGAAUAAUUAAAAAAUCAUUUUAAGAAUGAUAUGCAAUAUAUUUUUUCAUAAUGAUGUGUUUGUCUCAUGUUUAUCAUUGAUAUAUAAGGAGGUGCAUCUUUCUAUAGUUGUUGUAAAUCUUACUUUGAGUGCCUAAUGCAUCACAUGUGUUGAUAAACAAACGAUGCGAUAAACAUACA